UACCAGUUUAUUUCCUUCCCUCUCACAGUUUCCCGCCAAAACAGCAGGCAUAAAAAUCAUAUCCCCGCCUUCUCGACUUACACAGCUACACAGGGCAAAUUUAAAGGGGAAAAGGAGGAAAACAUCGUAUUGGAGAAAUGGAGAAAGGCGGCGGCGGUGGAGCAGCUCCUACAGGGUGCUACAAGUGCGGCCGCCCCGGCCACUGGUCCAGGGACUGCCCUUCCAAUCCCAGUAAUGGCAAUAACCCUAACAAUUCCACUUCUACUCCUCAUAAUACAUACACGUCUACUCGCAAAUCGGCGCCGUACCCUUCCAACUCAAGCGCCGGCGGCAGUUCUUCAAAACUGAAGAUGGGCACGAGGACGCGGCCCAAACUGACUGCUGAUUCCCUUCUUUCCGACGACGGACUCGGCCACAUCCUCCGCCACUUUCCUCGUGCUUUCAAGUACCAUGGCCGUGGGCACGAGGUCACUGAUUUGAGAAACCUACUUGGCUUGUAUGCUGAUUGGCAUUCACGUUUACUUCCCUACUACUCCUUUGAUCAGUUUGUACAUAAGGUUGAGGAAGUUGGUUCCUCAAAGCGUGUCAAGUUAUGUUUGAGAGAUUUGCGGGAAAGGGUUGCCAAUGGAGUUGAUCCAGCCAAGCUCCAUGAGCCUGAAGUUCAAGAACAGAUCUCAAAUAAGGAACAAGAGAAUAGGAGCUUAGAGGAACCCAAUUCUCUCCAGAAAGAUGGUGUUAUGAACCUUGAUGGAGAUGUCUUUGAGCAAGAAAUGAUUCAUCAGGUCUGGGAGAAUGCAAUGAAAGAACCAACUCAUGAGCCACAGCGUAAGAGUGAUGAAAGUGGAAGCAAAGAGCCAACAAGCGGUAAUGUGGCAAGUGAUGCAGAGGUAAUUGGAAUCUCAGAAGAGCAAAGAGCUCGUAUGGAGGCAAACAAGCUGAAGGCAUUACAAAAAGCUGCUAUUGCUCGUGCUGCUCGAUCUGCCCAACCUCAUGCCCUCUAGACUUAUUAAUUGCUAUUGUUUUUAUUUUUGUUUUGUGCAAAGCAUUCCUACUAUUUUUUAUGUUUAAUUUUCAAUAUGAUCAAUGUUUCUAUUA